AUGUCCCGUAUGGCUGAUUUCUACGCAUCCUUCCUCGGAGGGAGCAUCACAUACGACGACGAGACGGUAUCCUUCAUCACCUACAAUGACGAGCAGUACCGCAUCACCCUACUCCCAAUUCCCGAGACUACCCCCAAGGAAUCCGCCAGCUGCGGCCCCGAGCACAUUGCCCUCUCCUUCGACUCGCUGGCAGACCUUCUACUUUCGUACCGACGACGCUGGGCACGCGGCAUCGAACCCGUGCGGUGCGUCAACCAUGGCCCCACGACAAGCAUCUACUAUAAGGACCCGGACGGCAACAUGCUCGAAACCCAAGUCGACAACUUCGACACCGUCGAGGAGACCACCGCCUUCAUGACGGGUGCAAACUUCACGGAGAACCCCGUCGGUACCGAUUUCGACGCCGAGGAGAUGAUCGAGGCGCUUCGUGCUGGCAAGGACGAGAAGACGCUGAAGAAACUGCGUCAGAUUGGCCCACGCGGGUUGCAUGACUUUUCCAGCCUGUAG